AUGAAGAGGCUCACGUUCGGACAGCAGGAGCCGGAGCCGCCGGGUGUCAUCAGCGUGGCCGAGGGGGUCAUGUUGCUGCUCGCGCGCAGCGGCGGCGGCGAGCCGUCGGCGUCGCCGCGCGUGUUCGAGUGCAAGACGUGCAGCCGCCGGUUCCCGUCGUUCCAGGCGCUGGGCGGGCACCGCGCGAGCCACAAGCGCCCGCGGGAGGCCGAGCCGGCCAAGGCCCGCGCGCACGGCUGCGCGGUGUGCGGCGUCGAGUUUGCGCUUGGGCAGGCGCUGGGAGGCCACAUGAGGCGCCACCGCGCCGUGACCGACGGCGAGGAGAGCGGCGGCGCCGCUAGCGCCCACGGGCUGGACCUGGACGACGCCGAGGCGAAGCCGGAGGAAGCGAGAGGUCUGCUGGGCUUGGACCUCAACAUUGCCCCAUGA